AUGCUUCAUCAUAUUUUCAAAAAACCCAUCCCCUUCACCACCACCACCAUCGAUGAUGGAGGCUUCUGGCGAAGAGGCUUCCACCUCCGAAACCCCAAAAACCUGCAGCUUGCAACUCUCAAGAUCCAAAUAACUCACCAUCUUCUCGCCUUCAUUGGAAUCCAUAAGGAGGGAGGCACGAGCCAAUUUCAAGAUGAACAAAACAUAAAAACGACGAGACAGAGGAAGAUGACAACGCCAUUUUUCGACAAAAUUACGAUUGCAGUUAAGGAACGACUAGGGUCGGCGGAAACAACAGCUAUUGGCGGCGGUGUCCCACAACAACGGCUACCUGCUAUGGUGGUCGGAGUCGAGAGGAGGGGGUAUAAAGUGGUGGUCGGAUUUUCAUCAACAGUGGUGAAACAAGAAGGUGAAGACGGUGGCGGUGGCGGUGAUGUUCCGACGGUCCCUGGUGAUUUUCUGGUGGCACAACUCUAUGACCGGAGGAAGGCGAUAGGCGGUGCUGAGAGUGUUGGGGUGGUGAGAGUGUUGGGGUUUAUCACAAGACAAUAG